AUGGAGAUGUUCUUUCUAAUGAAACGCUGGAGACACACGCGCAUGCACGACAAUGUGCGGCCGGCUAGGGCAGGGCACGGGCGGCUAAGGCAGCGCGCGGGUAGGAGGGCGCGCGGGGCGCGGGCAGCAAGGCGCGUGGGGCGUGGGCAGAAGGGCACGAGGGGGGCGGCAGGGCGCACGGGGCGCGGGCAGCGCAUGCGCGCGGGCUGCAAGGCAGUGUGGGCAGGGCAGCGCGCGGGCUGCAGGGUGCACAGGGCGCAGCAGGGCGCGCGGGGCUGCAGGGCAGCGCGGGCAGGGCGCGUUGUCAGCAGAGCGCGCGCGGGCAGCAGACGACGCAUACUACAGAGCGCGCAGGCUGUAGGGCACGCGGGCAGCAAGGCGCACGCGGGGCAUAGGGCAGCAGAGCGCGCUGGCAGCAGAGGUGCGUGCGGGAAGCAGGCGACGCGGGCAGCAGGCGCGCUCGGGCUGCAGGGCACGCAGGGCACGUGA